AUGUAUCUAAAAGAUAAUAUGAAUAAUAAAGAUUAUUUAACCAACCUGUUCUUCACAGAAGAGAUCGAAGAUUAUGAUGAAAGAAGUGAAUCAUUUACUAUGGCAUCAGCUAGAAUAAACGAAAUGCAACUUGAUGAAAUAAACGAAUUUGUCACGACAACAACUAAAGAUCCAAAUAUUAAUGACUUAUUAUUUAGUCAAAUCUUAAAAUCUGAAGUUAGUACUCAUAUUUCUUAUAAAGCUUUAGCUGUUAGAAAAAGAAAUUCAAAGGCUGCUUAA